AUGCUUAACCUGAAUUUGCUUGGAAUCUGCAUCGCAAUCGUCGCGGCCCUCAUAUUCUAUUUUUUCUAUUGGAACCGGUUUAUUGCCUAUGUUAUUGGUCAGACUAUUCGUAUACUGUCUUGGAACCAAGAGAGUCCAAUCAUCCGGAUCGACAUCGGCUCCAUACAUUUCUCUAUAUUGGCAGGAAGAAUUCUUCUCAAAGAUGUCAGUUACCAUUCGAGCAACCAAACUGUAAAGGUCGUAAAAGGGCAAAUUCAAUGGAGAUACUGGAUUAGGCGUCCGACUCUAGAUGACGAUAUCAGUCCUUCUCGGGGAGAAAAUGGAAAAGAAGCAUUUCCACAACGGUCCUGCCGCAUUCAGUUGACGUUUGAGGGUGUCGAAUGGUUCAUUUAUAACAGAACAGCAGCGUACGACACUAUUCUGGAGGAGAUCGACAGAACUAGUCGUCCGACCUCUCGGUCAAGUUCUCAUUACAGGCUUUUCAGAAGAUUUUCCCGUCAAGGUGACACCUCGAUAUUGUAUCCACCCUCUGCUUUCCGAUCCUCUAUUUAUGUUCCUAAAUCAAUACAGCAGACGUUGAAAUGGUUGCGGAGCCAACUUCCUACACUAGAUCCAAAAGACCUGUUACCAUUUGGAAUCGAAAUACGGACUGGCGCAAUUGUUUUGGGCAAUCCUUCCACUCCUCACUUACUCGUAUCUGAGUUUCAAAGCGCUUCCGGCACCUUUGGCAUAGUACCAUCUAGGUCGAAACACGAUCUUUACAAACAGGUGCUCAACCUCAAAUUCCGGAAACCUUCCAUAAGACUAGUUCACAAUGACGAUUAUGUUGAUCCCAUGACCGUUGUCGGAUCCCUUGUCCAUGGUCGGCUCAAACACCACUCUACUUUGAGAAAGCCAUAUUUUUAUCAACCCUAUCGAGCUUUCGUUAAAAUUUGGCGUCAAAUGAAUCUUUACAGUAUUAUGAACGAUUACUUUUCUACCCGUCGUAUCCAACGUGCGAAUACUCUGCCCGUGAGGCCCUCUACGACGUCGCCGAAACUGAAAAAGGGUACCGACGAAGACACACCAAUAGGAAUAGAUUUCUCGACAUUUGAAUACGCCAUUGAACGCAAAAUUUUAGAAGCACCGAUACUGGAUUUAACUUAUUAUGUUGAUAUCGUUGGUGAGGUUCCACCUCAACCCAAUAUUGAUCACAGACAUGGCUCGGGAGUAUAUGAUGUCCAUGCUGGUGACACCCCGCCAGAGUGGGGUUUCGAUAUAGUCAUAUAUGGAGGAUUGUUGAGGUAUGGUCCUUGGGCUGACAGACAAAGAAUUGAAUUACAGCGUAUCUUCUUUCCUCCCUCUUAUCUUGAUUUAGCCGUCACCCCCAUCCUUAAACCGGGUGAAAAGCGAGUGUGGGCAAAUCUUCAAGUUUUCAUCGAACUUCGUGACUCGACCACCUUACAUGUACCAUUUCGAGAAGCCUCAAAGGAUUGGCAAUGGGAUGGAAAGGUCGAAUACCCACAGCGGCCUCGCGUUAGAGAGGCUGCUUCUAUUAUUGUGGACGUAGGUGAUCGGUCUUCUAUCAACUACAUAAUGCCUAUGGUGGUAGGACCUACUGGAUAUGAGUCCACAUUUGAAGUACAUCUUGACACAGUAUCAAUAACUUCAAGUCUCAAUGAUAUACACAUUUUAUCGGCGGAAUCUUGUCGGGUUCGUGGUGAACUUCCUUCUCCAAUUCGAUGGGAUGCCCUACGUACAUGGUCGAUUGCUGUUUACCUCAGGCAACCAGUACUGUUUCUUUUGCGCGACCAUAUUGAUAUGUUUACCGACCUUGCAAGGGAUUGGGUAGCCGGCCCACCUACAGAAUACCAAAAGUUUAUCCCCAUGAUCUAUACAUUCAAGCUUGAAAUGCACCAUUUCCAACUCAAUCUAUACGCAAAUGAUCAAAAUAUAGUUGACAAGCCAUUGAUCAAAGAUGAAAAUGCUUUGCUCUCUCUCACUGGUCCCCAUCUGAAGAACACCAUGACAAUUCCGUCAAAUAAGUUUCGGCCAGAAUCCACAUCUAUCCCAUUUUACAUUACGACCCCUCAUGUUUCUGUCAAAAUGUCGCUUCCACGGUGGAAUACCCACGCGCGUUAUGCACCGCAAGAUGGCAUUGAUCUGCUCGAAGCAGAUUUGCUGAGCAUUAGUGGCUCAUACCUCUACUUCAGCUCCGUCAUGGCGGAAUACGUAGAACAACUAAAGAUACAAUUUGAUUUACGAGGUGUCGUUUUUAGGGCAUAUGGAUGGUCCAUCCGUUACUUCAUGGUCCUACGCGAUAAUUAUCUGGGAUCUUUUACGCAUUUCCAAACCCUUUCUGAGUACCUGGACAAACGAAAGAAAAAUGCACCUGUAGGUGAUCCCGUAGCUCAGAAAUAUAGGCCUGGAAAGGCAAACAUGCUCCAGGUCGAACUGUUCUUACACGUGAAUGAUUCGAAUAUUCUGUUACCUAUUCCAUUAAUUGGAAUGGCUACUCACGCGACCGACGGGACAAUUCCAACAAACGGAACUAGCCGCCAUCUCAAUUUCCAUGUUCCAGAAUUUCAGCUACAGCUUCGGUUACAUGAUUAUUACAUGGAGAUGUCGCUAAACCUUGAGACCAUUACCGGAACUAUUUAUACCCCACCGAGCAUUCCCGACAACGCUCUCAAUGAGCGAAUCGUCCUAAUUGAUGGAAUUGACGUUACUGCAAAUCGCCUCUUUGGUCCUCAACCUAGAACCGCAACUUAUGUAUGUAUGUGGGAAAUUUCAGUUGGGAAGGUAAAAGCGUCCUUGACAGCAAAUGACGCAAAUGUUUUGGCAAGCGCUAUCCAUUCGUUUCGUCUAAAUUUUGUUGAUGUUGUAAACGCACCGGCACAUGAUUUUAUGCCUGCCGUUGACCCUGAUGUCACCUUUUACAAGGUCACCGUCAAACCAAUUGAGCUUACUUGGAAAAGUGAACGAGCAGCACUAUAUGUACAGCUACCUCAUGGAUUGGUCUUUGACAGUAACGACCUUGGUGCUCACCAAUACCGGAGCGUAAUGGCCCUGCGGAUUCAUCAACUUAAUGCUAGUGUACUCCUAGCCUCAUCGACAGAGAGGAAAAACCAAUGGCUAGAAGCAGCCAGUGUUCUGUUUGAUAUGGACCUUGACAUCUAUUCAUCGCCUACAGGCCAUCGAGGCAUGACACGCAAACAACUUUUGUUCAUUGAAGAGCAAGACAAACCAACGGGCCGGGCAAAGUUUAUGUUCAAUCAAUUAAGACAGCGUAUCCAAGAAAAUGAUUCACUAGACCAACGAUUACAUAGGGGUGGAGUUUUUUUACCGCAACCCUCUUUACCUGGUGCUUUCUGCGACAAUUCAACUUCUUACCCAUCCCUUCAAUCCCACACUCAUCGCACCCGUCCUCCUUCAUGGAGAUUAUCUACUUUUACAAAUUUGUCCGACUCGGAAGAAGAAGAAGCAAUUUCGGAGGUAGAUAGAGAUGCUCGGCUAGCGAGAACACGCACAUCCACGCCAGCUCCAGAAACAAGGACCGACGAUGUGACAAUGUCUAGCGGGGACGAAUCAGAUGACGCAGACCUGACAGACGGUGAUUCUAUUUGGUCUGAUAUUGAAGACAUCGAUGGCGAUGGAAUUUCAUCCAUGCUUUUGUUUUAUUCUUCUAUUGUGAAACAAUAUUCUUCAAAUUGGGUUCGUUCUUCAGAUUCCUGGGACGGCGCUGCCUUUACUUCGACACGGAACAGCGCCUCUUUUUUGAGCGACUUCGAUAACAACGAAACCGAAACCUGUUUCCGGCCGGUCUUUGAGUGCACACAUGUAACACUUCCAGAAGACCUACCAAAAGAUACCGGCGUUACUGCCUUUCGUGUCAAUUUCAAUAAAAAGAUAAAUGUCCUAUUCACUCCGCUCUUGAUUCCUGCCGUUGCUUGCUUCGAAGAAGAUAUUAAUAAUAUAGCAUUGACUCAUGGAAUGGUCAUCGACUCGCUAUUGGUCACUUGUCUUAGCCAAGCAAAAGGGCCAGCAAAGAUGGGCUACCGUAUUCUUGAUCUUAAUGUGACAUCGUUAACUGUUCAAAUGCUUCAACAUAUUGGCGUCUCGGACGAGGCCACCUUGGGUGGGGACAUAAACCAUGAAGCAUUAACACCACGUAAUCUUGAUAUAACCGCCAUAACGAAAGUUGCAAUUCGUGGCGCGCGCUUAUUAGGCACCUUUGGCCGCCAGAUCCAGCCAAACAUCGACGUCGUAAUUGAUCGUUUUAUCGGGACGGUCGACGUUUCCAUUGACAAGCGAACGCUGGAUUCUAGCAUGGCCGAUCCUACCAUUGUCGCUCUAACGAUAUCGUCAUCUGUCCUGAAGAUCUCCCAGCACAGUAUGCGGCAGAAUCAUGGAGUCAUUGAUAUCAGACUUGGAAACCGAGGUCCUGAAAUCAUUACUGCAACUGCGACUGCUAUGUCACUUUCAGGCAUGCAUUUCAUGCGCCGAGCAAAAACACUCCAACGAGAUCAAUUAUCGAAUAAGAGGGCCAUGAUCGGAAACCUCCUCAAAGUUACUGAAAAGCAUCCCGUCAUUGAUUCCCUCUCCAUCACACAGCCCUCGUAUCUUGUGCAAACCGGCAUCCCUCAUGUGCUACGGACGGACGCAACAUUCAGAUUACUUUAUCAUCUACGAAACACUCUGUGGUCCAUGGAUGAAGAUGAAAAUUCCCUUCUACAUCAGUCCACUGGCAAGGUCCAACUACAGGAGCUCUUGACUUUGGUUCAGUCCAGAUUGACACUUUUGGAUCAAGAUAUAUGCAGCGUUGACCACUUGUCAUCCAUCAGUUUCUUUUUAUCAGACGAGAAGCCCAACCACCUGGAGCAGUCCACCAAAUAUUCAUUAAGUGUGCUAACCUUACUGGUAGGCACAUCCACUAUCACUAUUCUCGCUCCCUCAGGCAAAACGUCAAGCCGACUGAAUAUCGAUAAUCUGGCUGUGGAAGUUCAGCCCAAAUUAUCUCAACUUAUUCAAUUCAAUUUCAACAAUCCUUCGAGCGCUUCUCAGACAUCAUUGCGUUCGAAGACAUCUAGAUCAGUCCAGCAAGCAGUCAUUGUGCUUUCCGUCCAUGAAAUCACCCUAAUUGUUUCACCUCAUUUGAUGUAUUUUGCUCAGCAUGUCUUGCGAGUAACGAGACAAUUUCAGUCAAGCCAAGUCAAUGUGUCUACACCGAAAUAUGGGCGCGGAUCGUGGGAGAAAUCCUACAACUCUUCGUCCAAAUUGUGGCAUAUUGAACUCAUUGGAACAGUUCACCGUUUGCGCAUUCAGGCAGGUGCGGAAAACCUAAUUGUUGUAAUGGGUAUACAAGGACUUCAAACUGCAUCCACCAUGUUAACAUUAAACAAACGAACUAUCCAAUCAAUGAAUCACAGCAUUCUUUUCAACCAAGUUUUUCUCCAAGCUCGUUCCCCAGCCAACCCAGCCAAAGAAAACGAACAAGAUAUUCUUGCGUCGUUGGCUUUUAAUACCGCGCGUAUUAGCGUCAUCGCAAAACCAGAGGACACGACUACCAACCUUAAAUUGGUUUUCGCACUUGCGGGGUUGCAAUUACACGUGCCGCGCAGUGCUCUUCGUCUUUAUCAUUUCGUUGGGGAGUGGAGGGCGGAUUACCUUCCUGGAAUGGAGGCCGCCGUUAAAACCUUACUCUCGGAGUAUAAUUCUGGUCCAAGAAGACCCUAUUCGCCACCAGUAUCUCGGUCAUCCAGCAAAACGUUUUUGGUGCAAAUUCAUGGUCAGAUUACCCACUUCGAGAUAUCCCUACAAGUGAUGCACGGAACAUGGCUUUCGUGGGAAGUCAACAAAACUGUCGCAUAUAUUGAUUCAUCCCCGUCGAAAAGAAAUGGUGGACAAUAUGCAUUUGGUCUUCAAAUUACCUCCAUGAUUUUUACCGUCUCGUCAAAGCCGAAUAUCAGGGAAGCAAUGUCGAGUUCCCGUGUUAAGUUGGUAUUCCCCCCAGCCUCGUUGGCAGGAUAUUCAGAUGGAAUUAAAGUUCAUACAUUGGUUCUUUUUGAAUUUCUUGAACUCAAAGUGAAGCCCUCUCAUUGGGAUACCUUGUUAUCGGUCCAACAGAAAUUUGGGCAAGACUUCAAUGAUCUUGUAGCAUUGAUGCAACAAAAGCGACAAAAGACACCGAUUUCUCGGAAAUCAAAGCCUGCAACUCCAAAGAUGUCUUUUCAAUAUGAGGGCCAUAUCAAAAUGCAAGGAUUUCGAAUUGGAUUGGAAGGUGUCGCCUCUUCAGUCCUCUUAGAAUGCCAAAACAUUGUUGGAGAAAUUAGUAACACUGAUCGUUGGUCGUGGGGCUUAGAUUUGUCUGAUCUUGCACUCUCCCUUGCACCGCGUACCCAUGGGCUGAGCGAUUCUGCGUUUAAUCGAGACCAACGAUCUGCGUUUGUGAUUGUGGAUUUCAAAUUCAAUGGUUCAGGUUCAGGACAAGGCAAUGAAAAGAAAAUUGGGCUCAUUGUGAGCAAAGUACACGCUGUCAUGCAACCCAGUUCUAUCGGCGAGCUCGGCGAUUUCAUCGAUAAUCUACAGAUCGAAAUGCUUGAGCGUCAGAAUCAACGGGCUUCAGAGUUGGCCACAUUCAAGGAAAAGGCUCAGAGAAUCUUGAAAACCUUCGACGUCAAUAUUGGCGAAGUGCAAACAGUGAAUGAAUCCUGGUUCCAGGAUAUGGUCAUUGAUAUAUCAAUCCAAAGUGUUGGAAUCGCUUUCCCUCUGAUAUACGAUGAAGAAUUGACCUUUGCGCAUAUUGCUCGGAAAGAAAUAAAUCCCAUUCGUGCAUUCUUAUUCUCCAUACAAUCCAUUCACUUUGGAAUCCAUCGCGGAGAUUCCGGCCAAGCCAUUAUGCAACAUCUAUCUUUCCAAUUCAUAUCCCGCUUUAGGCAAUCUGUUACCGAGGACUUUUCUGCAGAAAGUCAUCGCACGCGUAAUCAUUUGUUGUAUCCCAAAAUGACUGCCCAACUGCGCUCAACCCGCACCGGAUCUUCUACCAAAAUAUGGAUAGACGCCGAUGGGAAAGAACGUGUGGAACGUUUGUCAGCAAACACUCCUCGAACACCGUUUCCGUCGACUCCAUUGAGCUCAGGGUCUAAACUAUCAGUUCCCGAAAAGAGUAUUAAAACGAUUCCUGCAUCCCAGAUUUCUGCCAACUUAGUUUUUCAUAGCGGCAAAGUUCGUUUGUAUAGCGCAUCCGCCAGCAAUCUUUUCAAGACGAAAACGAUAUCUGUGACACCCCCUUGGGAAUUAACGGAUGAACAAAUUUCUGACUUAGGCGCUGAGAUUUUCGAGCUCCCAAUUGUGUCUGUUUGGGCUGAAUAUCGUGCAAUGCCCGCGUCGCAAAAAAUCAGGAAAGAAUCCGACCCAGAGCCUUCUGUAUUGAUUUUCAAUAGCACAGUGCAUUCCAGUAACAACAUCCUGCGCCCAAUUCUGCUUCCUUUCUUGACGGAAUUAGUCGACCACGUAGAAACUCGUCUACGCAAGAUCGGUCUAAACUCUCCCAAGUCAUCCUCAGUGCUCCUGCCUGAUUUCUCUUCAACCGACUUCUUGCCGCGAACUGAGGAAGAUGAAAAUUCGAUCUCCAGCCUUCAAAUUUGCUUCAGUUUGCGUAUCGACAAAUCAAAAUUGGAAUUAACGUGCCAACCGGAUGUUAACGUAGUCGCUGGUUUGCAUUGGGACAGUGGAGGAUUUGUCCUAAAUAUGACUCCAGGGGCUAGAAAAGUGUCUUUCUUCGGCAGCGUAGGCGGCCUGACUGUUGGCCUCAAACAUGGCUUUUUAAGCGAAGAUUGCGUCAAACUUGAUGCGAGAGAUCUGGCCUUUUCAGUCUCUCUACAAAGAAUGGACUCCGAAUCUGGACAUUCAAUAUCCAUCGUCCUAGACACAGAAUUUUUAGGUGGAGUUCGGUUUUCACGAUUACAAGAUAUACUUUGCUUCAAAGCCGUAUGGCUCGACCGUAUUCCACUGUUCAACCAAGCACCACAGGAUGCCAAAACACCUCUUCGAACUGCAGACACCGAACUUGCAGAUGUUUCUUCAUUGCAGGGAAGAAUGUCAACGAUCGUCUUGGUUCGAAUACGUAAAAUCAAGUUAGAGGUGGAUCUUGGACAAUCCAUCAGCAAAAUCGGCCUAGAACUUGCUGACUCCGUGCUGAGGAUGAAGCUGACUGAUGAUAUAAAUGAUGUCUUCCUUUUUAUUGGAGACGUAUCAACCACUGCUCUAGGAAACCUAUCCGGGCAUGCUCAGGUAUCCUCUUGUGUAUUUCAGACGACGCGGAGGUCGGAAAUUGGAAUAUGGGAUGACCUGGGAAGAGGAAAAAUGCUAGAAUUAAAAUUAACUAGUGGACCUCUCGUCAUUGAGCUGGAAUCUGACCGUCAGAAAUUGCUUCAUUACCGUGCACAACCCUUGGGAGUCGAGGUUUACGAUGAUUGGUCAAGAGCUCACCCACAGGGAGGCAAAACCUCACGCCCUCUGCAACUAUCAUUCACCGUGACUUGUCCGGAAAUCGUUGCCGCCGUCACUGUUGGCACGAUUCCGAAGUUGUUAUCGCAUGCAAAUAAGUUCAAAGCCAAUUUAGAUGCUCAACGUCAAGGGGCGUUCCGAGAAUCGCAAACAUUCCGGGCUACACGCACCCCUAAACCGGACAAUCCAUUAUCUGCGGUUGCUGAAGCAAUGCUGCAAUCUGCCAAAAGCCGAUUCAAAGAAACAGACAUGGGACUUUCCUAUAUCAUCAGGCAACAUAUGAGUCUACGCCUCGACACACUCCGGUUGAUCGUGUUCCCUCGAACCAUGAGGGACGUGGAGAUAGCUCACUUUAUUGCGCGAGAUGUUGCUGCACAAUUGAACGGUCUCCUUAGCACAGAUAUGGCACCUGGAAGCAGAGACCUUGUUUUAUCAUUCUCAUCAAUGAUCAUCUCAAGGUACACUCAAGUAACCCACCCACCAGUCGCCCUCUCAGAUUCAACACGGGAGCGGACGGAACCUGAAUGGCCAGAUUCUCUCUUCAAAGAUGCUAUAGAGGCUACUAUCGUUGGACUCCCUUCCAUGAAAAUGCACAUGCUUAGCGAAGAGGUCAUCGAAGAAACAGGCAAAAUACUGACGUACGACUUUUACAGUCAGUUCGUUCGCCGGGUUGGAAUGAAGGCGUUCGAAGAUAUUUACAUCACCUUGAACGUGUCACUGUAUUCUUGGCUUACAGUUCUGCGAAAAAAUCUAGCUCGGGAGUUGGAUCAGGUACGCGCCACAGAGGAUUGGCGAACCUCUAUUAGCAACAUGUCCACUACCAUGAUCUCUGGAGCCUCAGCAAGAAAAAAGAAGGUACCUGACCCGCUUUCACUGGUAGACAGCCCCCGAUCAGCCUCACUCCCUAGCGCUGGCACUGCUGGGUUGUCGCCAUAUGCUCCUUCAUCCGCUCGACAUGGUUGGCUUGAUCAUAAUCGCUCUCCUCAAAUUGUAAACGAACAAUAUCUUUCCGCAUCACCAUCACCAUUACAGUCCGAAUCAAUUAUGAUACACUUCCCACCCGUAAAGGAUAUUAUAGAGGACACACCAGCAUCGCGAGCACAACCAAAAAGGGCCACAAUCACUUACAGACCGCGAGAAAGGCACAUUGAACGGCUAACAAUGAGACAAUUGGGAGAAGCCACGCCGGAUGUGAUGCAUCCUUUUUUUAUGAAAAAGGCUGGCUUCAAUUUGGAAGAUUCGCUUCCGCAAUACGUCAACGAAUACGCCGUUGUGCCUUUGGAGGAAAUUAUGGAAGUUUUGUUGAAGUUGUAUAGUCAACAGCUCCUGGUUGGGACAAAACGGCCUCUUUUUGUGAAUCGUUAG